AUGGGGAUGUAGAGCAUGACAAAGCAGAAGAGGAGAAGAAGGGAAGAAAACAGAGGAGAGAAGGUCACAUCUGCUAUGUAUUCUACACUCUAUUCACGGCGUAUAGACCAUAAACUGACAAGGCAGGACAGCACCAAGUCUCUACUCAUUAAGACUGAACAGCUGCUGAGGAUCGAGGAGCACGACUUCGCUAUGAGACCUGGCUUUGGAGGUGCAGCCAUCCCUGUAGGCAUUGAUGUUCAGGUGGAGAGCAUCGACAGCAUUUCAGAGGUCAACAUGGACUUCACCAUGACCCUGUACUUGCGUCACUACUGGAAGGAUGAGCGGCUGGCGUUUCCAUCUCGUAGCAACGUGAGCAGGACGUUUGACGGGCGUCUGGUGAAGAAGAUGUGGGUUCCUGACGUGUUCUUCGUCCACUCCAAGAGGUCCUUCAUCCACGACACCACCAUGGAGAACAUCAUGAUCAGGGUCUAUCCUGACGGAAGCAUACUCUACAGCGUCAGGAUCACAGUGACUGCUCUCUGCUCCAUGGACUUCAGCAGCUUCCCUCUGGACACACAGAACUGUUCACUGGAACUAGAGAGCUAUGCGUAUAAUGAGAAUGAUCUGAUGUUGUAUUGGAAGAAUGGCAACGACUCUCUGAGGACAGAUGAGAUGGUUCUCUCUCAGUUCUUCAUCAAGAAGUUCCACCCUUCCAGCGGCCUCGCCUUCUACAGCAGCACAGGUUGGUAUAACAGGUUGUAUAUAAACUUCAUCCUGAGGAGACAUAUCUUCUUCUUCAUGCUGCAGACAUAUUUCCCCACCAUGCUGAUGGUGCUACUGUCCUGGGUCUCCUUCUGGAUCGACAGGAGGGCUGUGCCUGCACGUGUCUCCCUGGGUAUCACUACAGUACUGACCAUGUCCACCAUCAUCACUGGGGUGUCCUCCUCCAUGCCACAGGUGUCCUAUGUGAAGGCGGUGGACAUCUACCUGUGGACCAGCUUCCUGUUUGUGUUCCUGUCAGUUAUAGAAUACGCUGCUGUCAACUACUGCUCUACGCUGGAGGAGAUGAGACGACUGAAGAGAGGAGAGCUCCCAACCUUGUACAACGCCAACAAAGCCAUGAUCUUCGACGGCUGUUUCCAUAACAGUGACAUUGAGCUGACCCCGUUCCCCCGUCUGCCGACCUCCAUGACCUCCAACCAUCACAGGACUCCACUCCAGAACCCUGAGGACCCGCCCACCGAGGGGACACGUCUCCGCCGGCAACGGUCGGUGCGGGAGAACGUGGACCUGCUACUUAGCAACAGCUACUUGAUCGACUCGUACUCCCGUAUGGCCUUCCCUCUGUCCUACCUCCUAUUCAAUACCAUCUACUGGAGUAUGUACUCCUCCUAAGGGGCCCUACUGUGUAUACUGCUGGGACCCUACUGACUAUAACUCCUUCUGAGGGACAGUCCUACUGAGUAUGUACGCCUCCUGAGGGACCCUACUGAGUAUAGGCACCUUACGGAGUAUUGACUCCACCUGAGGGAGGGACCCUACUGAGUAUAGGGACCGUACAGAGUAUUGACUCCACCUGAGGGAGGGACCCUACAUGGACUCCUGAGGGAAUCUACUGAGGAUACUACUAGGACCCUACUGAGUAUGGACUCCUACUCUGGGGAAGUUUAUACUACUGGAACCCUAACAAAUUCCAAAGGGCACUUUUCUGUGUGUAAUCCUCAGAUCAAUAAUAAUGUAGCCCUUAUUCUGCCCAGACUGAAACAAUAAAAGGAAUA